CCUCGACCACGCCGGAGCUUCGCAGGCGCUCACUACGCACUCCGCAGCUCAUGCAUCCAGCAUGGCUGCGGCAUCGAACGAAGACGAGGCUGGCGUCGCCGCCCCCGAUGCGUCACACCUUCAGCGCGCCGUGGGCAAUGGCAAGAACCACGCCGAGCAGCACUCCGAGGAGGACGACGACGAGGAGGAGGACGCGGACGAGGAGCCGAAGCUCAAGUACACGCGUCUGACGGGGAGUCUAGCUCCGGUGUACAGGAACGGCGACGCGACAAGCACAUUCAUGGUUGCGGGAGACAAAAUGAUUGUAGGCACGCAUAAUGGCAAUAUUCACGUUCUGACAGUCCCAUUAUUCCAACCCCUCCGAAACUACAAUGCGCAUCCGUCGGCCUCAGUGACCGCCCUAUCCGUGUCGCCAUAUCCGCCCGCACUGCCUGCUCACCCAAUGAACUCGCCCAGUGGAGCCGCAGAGCGACCAGACACCCCGUCGAAGCAGGCACCAGCAGCGGGCGGCCACCCAUCGUCUCCCCGCACGCCGCGCCAACCACCCGUUCCCGCAACGCCCUCAAAUCAGAUAUAUAUUGCUUCGUCUUCAAUAGAUGGUCAUGUCUGUGUAUCAUCUCUGGUAGAUCCCAAGGAUGUCACCCUCCGGAACUUUGCUCGUCCCGUUCAAGCCGUAGCUCUUUCGCCAGAGUACAAGUCUGAUCGGUCAUACCUUUCCGGGGGCCUAGCCGGCGAGUUAAUACUCACUGUUGGCGGCCAGGCAGGAGUACGGUCAAAUGCGAACACCAGCCAUGCGGCCCAGACGGCCCAAGGAUGGCUUGGCGCAAUUGGGCUGGGAGGCAACACUGGCCGGGACACCGUCCUGCAUUCAGGCGAUGGCAUCAUCAGCACUAUCAAAUGGUCUCUAUCUGGCAAGUUCGUGGCUUGGGUAAACGAGCACGGAAUCCGCAUUAUGCGAACGAACGUCCAUCUAGAAGGCGCCGACUCCGAGUCCGCGUGGAAAAGAAUAGGCUUCAUCGAAAAGCCGAAUCGCCGCGCUUGGGAAGAGAUGGCUGGUGUGUGGAAAGCGCGCAUCGAGUGGGUCAACGAUCAAUGGCUUGAGUCAGACGAAGACACUGUGAUCAGCCUCAAUGGCAGCCAUGCCACCGAAAAGACUGACGUGACUCUACCACACCAACGCUCGGACAAGCCCUCCAACGUUUCUCAGAAGAAAAGGCAGAUUGAGAAACUGGUAAUUGGUUGGGGAGACGCCGCAUGGAUAGUCCAUGUCGACCCAGGCGGCGCUGGGGUGGGCAAAGAUGUUGGCGAGCGAUCAGUGGGCAGCGCUGAGAUUAUUCAUUUCCUACGGUUUGAUGAUUGCAUUGUUUCUGGCAUUUCGCUUUAUACCCCUUCUUUACUUCUAGUUCUCGCAUACCGGAUACGCGACGAUGACGACAACCCUAUUACUCCUGUCGACACUACUCCGAAGCGUGGCAUGCACAGACGGACGAAUGGGCUUCAGCCGGAGCUCAAGCUAAUUGACGCAGCAACCUCAGAUGAGGUUGAGGUGGACUCUUUAACGGUCAGCAGGUUCGAGAGUCUCUCGGCUGCCGACUAUCAUCUUAGCACCUUGUACGUACCACAUCCGAAAACGAUGACCCCUGCACAAAGAAGCGCCCUUGAAGCCAUCGGUGGUGGAAUCUGGGACGUCAGUCUCAGCGCAGCUCGACUCUUCAGCUCUGGAGCGAGCGCGGUUAGCCUGCCAAGCAGUGGCGAUCUAAAAGCCGCACCUACGGUAUCUUCCACUGGUGCCGGCAAUGCCUCGACAUCCAUACCUGGCAAGAGACACCUGCUGAUCCAUCCAAACGCCGCCGGUCCCGGGCUCAAAGUAUUCAUCCAAAGUCCGUACGACUGCGUUUUAGCUGUCAAGCGCGAUCUGACGGACCACUUCAAUUGGGAGCUCGAGCACGAAAAUUACAAGGACGCAUGGGAGCUUCUUGAAGAUCAUCCUGAGAUCGCCACAUCCACUUCUCAGACCGCCCCUGAAGCCUCCCCGACAAGUACACCGUCAAAGAAGCAAGGAAGCUUACAAGAGUUCUUCGCCGAUGAGAACGAGUCUCAGACAACCAUCUCCGCUACCAAAGCGAACCAGCAUUCGGCGGUUGAAAAGGAGAAAAGACGCAUAGGAGACCUUUGGGUGCAGCAGCUCGUGAGCGCCGGCGACUGGAAACAGGCCGGCAAGGUCGCUGGACGUGUUCUAGGCACGUCUCAGCGAUGGGAACAUUGGGUGUGGAAAUUCGCCCAAAGUAAACACUUCGAUGAAAUCGCGCCGUACAUCCCUACGAAGCAAAUGCAACCACCGCUGCCCUCCAUGGUAUAUGAAGUCGUGCUUGGCCAUUAUAUCAUCUACGACCGAAUUCGCUUCAAGCACCUUCUUGAAGAUUGGGAUCCCGAGCUUUUCGACAUCAACAGCCUCAUCGAGGCCAUCAAGAGCAAACUAUCCGCGGGUGACGUGACCGAGGAGUCCGUUGAAGGCGACGAGCAGGGCCGAGAUUGGCGGAUACUUCAAGAUGCGCUAGCUAAGCUGUACCUUGCCAGUAGUCGUCAACGAGAGGCAUUGCGCUGUUAUAUUCGCCUCCAGAAUGCCGAUGCUGCUAUGGAUCUCAUACGAGAAUUUCACCUAGUGGAGGCUGUACGAGACGACAUUCCAGGAUUUAUCUUGCUCCGGGUUUCAAAAGAGCAGACGGAGUCCGCUUCAUUAUCCGAAUUGGAAGACGCCUCAUCGGAAGCUAUAAGUGUUCUCGUCGACGAGGCGUGUCGGGGUACGGUGCCCGCAAACGACGUUGUGUCCCAGCUACAGGCAAAGGGAGACUCAUUCCAGCCGUUCCUGUUCUUCUACCUGAGAUCGCUAAGCAAGCCGGAAACUCACAAACGCAAGGGAGAGACUGCAAACGAGCGGGUGAAGGCAGAUCGUCUUGCCGAUGAUGGAAAGAUGAUGGCCGAGGAGUUCGCCGAUCUCAUGGUCGAGCUGUUUGCGGAAUAUGACCGUCCCUUGCUAAUGAAACUAUUGCGGGAGUCGCAAAGCUACGACCUUGGAAAGGCCGCUGCUCUUAUGGAGAGGCGGGAGUACAUCCCAGAACUAGUUCACAUACUCUCCAAAACUGGCCAAACGAAGCGUGCGCUGUACCUCAUCAUUGAAAAGCUCUCCGACGUUAGCUUCGCAAUCUCUUUCGCUAAGGAACAAGACGACCCAGACCUAUGGAAUGACCUCCUCGAGUACUCAAUGGACAAACCGCACUUCAUCCGCGGCCUGCUCGAAGAAGUCGGCACAGCGAUAAACCCAAUUGAGCUUGUCCGCCGCAUACCCGAGGGCCUCGAAAUAGAGGGCCUAAGAGAUGGGAUAAGGAAGAUGGUAAGAGAGUAUGAGAUCCAGUACUCUAUAUCCGAAGGUGUUGCCAAGGUAUUGCGAGGCGAGGUUGCCGUGGGCAUGGACACACUUCGUGCAGGGCAGAAGCAAGGGGUCAAGUUUGAGGUCAUUUCGUGCGAUGACGAGGUGGAGGGUUUGACGCAGAAGAUGCCUGGUGCGCUGAAGGAUGAGGCAGGGAAGAAGAAAGUGGAUAUCCAGACAAAAGGUGUGGAUGCACCAACAGCCGCGAAAGUCCAAGACGAUACUACUACGGCUGCUACUUCAACAGCACCGGGGCCUCAGGUUGACCCAGCGCCCCUAGAAGUACCCGAAGGAGAAGCGCCACCGGGACACUGUACGGGCUGCCGCCGUCCCUUUACACUGCCGACCUCCGAGGAAGAGGAAAUCGUCGAUGGUCCUAUCCCACUCAGCAGAGACACUCUCGUGGGCUUCGCGUGCGGACAUGUCUUCCAUCUAUCCUGUCUACUACCGAAGACGAGCGCGAGCGCUAGUGUAGCUGCAACACUGCAGCAAAGGUUAGCGGAUGAUGCAUUUGAGGGCGGGGGAAGAUGGAGUAGAAGUGUGGGCGCGAAGGUGGCGCACGCACAUGUUAUUCGGAGUGCGGUGGGGAGAGGAUGUGUGGUGUGUAGGGAGAGGGAGGCUAUGGUGGGCGACGAUGAAUAGGGGUCUACGUGGGUAGGUGUAGAUACGAAUUGGAUAUUUAAGAUUCAGGAGGAGAUUAGCGCGAUUCGAGAUCAUGUGUUAGUAGACUCUGUACGGGCUAGGGAUGGUAUGCAUAUUAAUGCAUCAAACGCGGCGUUGUCGUUGCAUUGCAAUAUAUAGGAGAAUUGAUUCAUGACUUG